AUGCGUGAUCCUGCCAUCCAGGAUCGCAAGGUAGCUAAAGCAUGGGAGCGUCACCAGACGCUGCGUGCCAGCACGCCAGCGUCGAUCGCGCGGUGCGCCCACGACCUCGACGGCGCUACGGCGCAGAAGCUCCGCCGGGCCAAGGGGGGCAAGUCUACCUUCUACACGUGCCGCCGGUGUGGUGGCUCGUACGUGCUUGCCUCCGUGUGGAAGCUCCCGUGCCCAGCCAUUCCCCCUGCUGACCGCCCCACUUGCGUCGGCUUCGAGCUGCAGUGCCGGGGCGCUGGGUCAGCGAGGUCUUCGAAAGCCAUGGCCGUGGGCACGGCCAAGGGCACCAUGUUGGUUGUCGUCAUCUACGCCGACGUUCACAGCCAGGAGCAAAGACAGCGCCUAUGUGCUGCGGUUGCCGCACGCGUCGCUGCCGCCGAUAUUAUUGCAGUUGUUUUGGGGGAUUACAGCUGCGAGCCCAUGGACGAGGAGACCGCGUCCUUCGCUGGCAGUCUCGAUUGCGCGCACCAUUGCCUCCCUGAAGGAGAACCUGUGUGGCACCACACCCACGGCGACCGCUUCAUCGACUACGCCGUGUGCAGGCACCUCGUCGUCAACACCUUCGGCACCGACACGGCCAUUAGUGACCACAAGGCCAUCGCUUUCAGCGUGCAACGCGAAACGGAGGCUCUCGUUCAGACAAUUCAGCGUUUCGUUCCUCUGGAGCCCCCGGCCAACCUGGAGGAGUGGGACAGCGACUGGAAGGACCAGAUGCACUAUUUCGAGGGCGCCUGGGACGCGGCAGAGGCAGCACGCGAUCCAGCACAUCUCUGGGAGCUGUGGUGCGACCUCCUGGAGGCGUCGUGCGGCGCACUGCGCUGCGCCGCUGGCAGCGGGUUUGGCGUGGCUGCCACGGCCAGCGCCAGAGUGUUCAAGAACGACUGCUUCACCGUGUUCUUCGUCGCCUACACCACCUUCUGCACGGUCCCCGGGCUCGCGGCGAUGCUGGAGGGGGCCAUCGACAAAGGUCUGCAAGGCUUGGUCCGGGACGGCAUCCUACCGAGCAUUGGGGACAGCAGUCCAGCUGCCGCCGCCGCGGCCAUGUCAGCUAAAUUGGAGCAGCUCCACGCCGCCCACGAGGAAACCCGACUCCAGGAGUGGCGCCGCCGACAGCAGGAGGGAAACAUGAAGGCCAUCUACACCUACGUGUCUGGGAAGACGACCAAGCCUACAGCUGCCGCCCGGGACACCACGGGACAAUUCUCUGGGGGCACCGCAGGACAACUUUGCGCGGACCCUUCCGCCGUCGUGGCCGAGGCCGUCCGGCAGUGGAACAGGAAGCAGCACCCCGCCCCGGCUGGCAACCGCAUCAACGACUACAUCGACGAGGUCAGAGAGUUCGUCGACACGAUCGCACCGCCGGAGGCCGAGUGGACCUUCGAGAGUCCCAGCCUGCGCCAAGCCUUCCGGUCCAUGGUGGGCGCUGCGGCAGGGCCGACCCAGAUCCCGGCGGGCCUGCCGGCGCGGGCGCCACGAGUCGCCCUCGAGCUGCUGGGGCGCAUCGGCGAUCUCAUCCGUGACACAGGGAGGUGGCCGAGCGCUCUGAGGAGCCAGGAGGUGGCCAUGAUCCCCAAGCCUUCUGGGGAGGGCCUUCGCCCGAUGGGGGUCGCGCAGACAGUCGCCAGGGCCUUCGAGAAGAUUAUGGUUCAGAAGUACAAGCGCUGGGCCGAGCAGGUGCAGCCCACCAACGCCACCACUGCCGUGCUUCUCGUCGAUUUCGCCAUCGACAAGGCCUACGAGGACGACGCCGGCCUCGUUGUCCGGCAGAGCGACCUCGGCAACUGCUUCACGCGGCUACAGACCGAGCUCGUCAUGCAGGUGGCCGGUCUCUUCGGCAUGCGUGACAAGGACGCCGUGUUCUUGUUCUCCGACAACAGUGCCCGCAACAUUGUCGUCAAGGUUGCGGGGUACGCCAGCGGCUCCAUGGUCCCGGAGCGUGGCCUCGCGCAGGGUGACCCAGGUUCGCCGCUCGGGGCUGCCAUUCUUGCCGGGGCGCACGCCGGGCGACUCGCCGCGGACCACGACAUCAUGUUCACUACGUACGUGGACGACAGGAUUAUGAUUGCCGACACCCCGCAGGAGGUGGAGUCGGCCGCCGACGCGCUCGCCUACCUCGACUGGUUCAGCGGGCAGGGGGAAGACCCUGGUAAGUUGGCAGUGGCCGCCGCCAAAGUCCAGGGCGGCAACUACCAGAGCUACGUGGACGUCCUCGGCGUCCGUCUGGACCUCUCUGGGGCGAACCCUCCAGAGGCUGCCCCGCGGGCCCUGCGCCGGGUCCAGGAGCUGCUCGCGCGGCUCACGAGGAUCCAGCGAAUCAGCCGGGCGGCUCGCCUGCCACGGCGCCGGGUGCGGCAGGUCGUCCUGGCCAACGUCGGCAUCUUGCGCUGGGAUGCGCCGUGGUGCGUCCUGCCCGACAAGACCCUCCAGGCCCUGCGGGCAGCCUUGGAGACAGCCCUCGCAGGGCGGCGCCGGUACGCCUCCUGGAGACACCGAGGGGCCGCAUGGAACGUAUCUCCCAAAGCGUGGAAGAUCGAGCCAACGGGCGUGGCGUUGCACGCGGCCGUGGGCAUGCUCAAACGCACCCUCGGCGGUCCUCUGGAGGCCUUCGUCCGCCAGCGGCGGAGGCCGGCCCACCCAGCAGCUCGCCCGUCAGCUGGAUGGCUGUUGCGGACCCGCGAGCUCUUGGAUUCCAUGGGCUGGCGCACGGCCAGUGACCCAUUCGAGGUGGAGAUCGGCGACCUGACCUUCUCUCUCACGAACACGACCCGCAGUGGGCUCGACCACGUGGCGCGGGAGGCCUGGCGCUCGUGGAUGAUGAAGGCCGGCGAGGCGAAAGUCAGCAGGCAAGACGUGGUCAACAUCCCCAGCCUUGAUGGGAAAGUGCUCCGGGGUUUCCUGGACAGCUACGACAACGGUCCAGAUCACAGCUGGGCCUGGCGGUGCGUCGUCGGGGGCGAGCCCAGCCCAGACCGCCUCCACCACGUCGACAACGCUGUGGCCCAGGACUGCGCCGCGUGCCGCACCAGAGCCACCACGAGACACAUCCUCUGGCAGUGCCCUGCCACCGAAGCAGUCAGACACAGUCGUGGCCUACGUCUGCCAGAGCUCGCCCCGGAGCUCCCCGAGCCUGAGCGUUCAGCCCUUCUGCUGAAUGGGUGGAUCCGCGCAGCGUUUGACGUCCCCGCCGGCGUGUCCAGCGACGUUCACGCUGCUGCCGCCAGGAGGAGGCAGGCCGCCGCUGGCGAGCGGCAGGCCGGGGCGCGUGCCUUCUGCGCGGAGGCCAGCGCGAGCAGCGUGAAGGUGCGCUACGCCUACGACGGUUCCGAGGCAGACGUCGCGCUGCCAGACGUGCGCGCAAAGACCCGGAGCCGCUGCGAGGCUGGCGCCGUGGAGAUGGCGGCCGGACAGGCGGUGGAGGCCAAGUACGGAAACAGCAUGUUCGACGCAGAGAUCAUCGAGGUCUUGCGCGACGGCGGCGAGCAGAUAGCCAAGGUCAAGGUGAAAUACAAGUACGACGGGAGCGAGGCAGAGCUGCCGUUGGACGAGGUCAAGGCUGGCGAGGAGGAGAGGCCGGAGCCGAUGGAGCUUUUGUACAUCUACGGCCAGGACGUUGACGACGGAGUUCAGGUGGAGGGCGACGCUGCUCGUCAGACCCUUCUCUCGGCGAAAGCGGUUAGUGCUUAG